AUGCAAUUUAUAGAAUUAUUAUUAAUGUUUUUAUCAGUUUUAUUAGCUGUAGCUUUCUUAACAGUAGCUGAAAGAAAAACAUUAGGUUAUAUGCAAAGAAGAGUAGGUCCUAAUGCUGUUGGAUAUUAUGGUACAUUAAUGGCAAUUGCUGAUGCAGUUAAAUUAUUAUUAAAAGAAAUAAUUAUACCAACUCAUGCAGAUAAACUUAUAUUAUUUAUAAGUCCUAUUAUAUCAUUAGUUUCUGCAUUAUUAUGUUGAUCAGUUAUACCUUUUGCACCAGGUGUUGUUAUAUUUGAUAGUGAAUAUGGUAUUAUUUUAUCAUUAGCUAUUAGUAGUGUUGGUGUAUUUGGUACUCUAUUAGCUGGUUGAUCUGCUAAUAGUAAAUACUCUUUAUUAGGUUCUAUACGUUCUACAGCUCAAUUAAUUAGUUAUGAAUUAGUUUUAACUACUAUUUUCUUAUUAUGUAUUUUAAUGAAUUCAACUAUGAAUUUAUCAAGAUAUGUUGAAUUACAAGAAUCUAUAUGAAUUGGUGUACCAUUAUUACCAUUAGCUAUUAUAUUUUAUAUCGCCUGUGUUGCUGAAUGUGCUAGACCUCCUUUUGAUAAUGUUGAAGCUGAAUCAGAAUUAGUUUCUGGACACAUGACAGAAUAUUCAUCAUCUAUUUUUGUUUUAUUCUUCUUAUCAGAAUAUGCUUCUAUAUUAUUCUUAUCUACAACUACUGCUAUAUUAUUCUUUGGUGGUGGUACUGGUAUUAUAUUAGGUAUCAAAGCUAAUAUAUUUGCAUUUACUUAUAUUUGAGUUAGAGCUGCAUUACCAAGAGUAAGAUAUGAUAAAUUAAUUGCUAUGUGUUGAGUAAUCUUUUUACCAUUAUUAUUUGCAUUAGCUAUAUUUAUACCUAGCUUAAUCUAUAUAUUAGAUGCUAAUUUAUUCAUUGUUAUCUUUAAUUUAUUAUUAUUUUAUAUAUUUAUUAUACUUUUUUAUAAAUUAUAA